AUGGCAAUUGCUCAAAAACCACGCCCUAACUUCUUAAUCAUUGUUGCGGACGACUUGGGUUUCACCGAUUUAUCACCAUUUGGAGGUGAGAUCCACACUCCAAAUUUGCACAAAUUGGCCACUAAACAAGGGGGUAUCAGGUUAACCGAGUUCCAUACAGCAUCUGCAUGCUCUCCCACUAGGUCAAUGUUGUUGAGUGGUACUGAUAAUCAUAUUGCUGGGUUGGGACAAAUGGCGGAAUUUGCAUCACGUCAUCAAGAUACGUUUAAAGGUAAACCUGGAUACGAAGGGUACUUAAAUGAUAGAGUUGUUGCAUUACUGGAAAUUUUACAAGACGAUGGGUAUCAUACGUUUAUUUCUGGUAAAUGGCAUUUAGGAUUAAAAAAACCGUAUUGGCCAAAUAAGCGAGGUUUUACUAAAUCUUGGACCUUGUUACCUGGUGCAGGCAAUCAUUACAAAUACAUAACUCGGGAUGAAACCGGAGAACAAGCUCCUUUUAUGCCUAGCCUAUAUGUUGAUGGCGAUCGAUUAUUAGAUCCAGAGCGGGAAUUACCUGAUGAUUUUUAUUCUACAGUCAAUUACACUGAUAAAGCUAUUCAAUUUAUUGAUGAAAAGCCAAAAGAUGAGCCAUUUUUUGGAUUUGUCACUUAUACUGCACCACAUUGGCCAUAUCAAGCACCUCAGGAAAGAAUAGCCAAGUAUAAGGGCGUUUACGAUGCAGGCCCAGAAGUGUUGCGUAAGCAGAGAUUAGCCAAAGCUUUGGAAUUGGGAAUUAUUGAUGAAAAAGUCAUUCCUCAUCCUAUAAAGACGAUACGCAAGCAAUGGAAGGAUUUAACUGAGGCAGAAAAAGCUAAAGAAUCUAAAGUUGUGGAAACGUAUGCUGCAAUGGUGGAAAUGCUUGAUGAACAAAUUGGACGAUUGGUGGACCAUUUACAGAAAAGUGAUCAAUUGGAUAACACAUUCAUUUUAGUUAUGUCGGACAAUGGCGCCGAUGGACAAAUGAUGGAAGCAUUGCCAUUAGCAACUCAAAAGAUUCACACAUUUGUUGACAAGUACUAUGAUAAUUCGUUAGAAAAUAUCGGUAAUUUCAAUUCAUUUACCAAUUAUGGCGACCAAUGGGCACAAGCGGCAACUGCGCCACAUUCAAUGUAUAAAGCCUGGUCAACUGAGGGGGCAAUUGUAUGUCCUUUGAUUGUUCAUUAUCCGCCAUUACUCCAAACCCAGUCAAACAAGAUUUUGAAACAAUUUAUCACGGUGAUGGAUAUCUUGCCUACUGUUUUGGACCUAGCAGGCGUCCAACAUCCAGGAUCAACUUACAAGGGAAGACAAGUUGCAACUCCGCGCGGUAAAUCAUGGGUUAAUUAUCUAUCAGGUAAAGCUUCAUUUGUUCAUGAUGAAAACACAGUGACUGGUUGGGAACUAUUUGGUCAACAAGCAAUUAGAAAAGGUCAAUACAAAGCAUUAUAUAUCCCCAAGCCAUUUGGUUCUGAAAAAUGGCAGUUGUUUAAUGUUGUGGAAGAUCGAGGCGAGACUACAGAUUUAGCAGAUCAGUAUGGAGACAUUUUACAAGAAUUGAUCGAUCAUUGGGCCGUGUAUGCUUCUGAAACUGGAUUGAUUGAGUUGGGUCCGGAUUUUUUCCAAGUAGGUAAAUCAGGAACUUUUGCUAGGGAAUAUGCAACUUUAUUUGAUUAA